AUGUACCUUGGGCAGGAACGUAUCGGUAGGCGCUUGUUAAAUGCCGAUGCACAGCGGACCGAAGUGCCUGAUCAUUGCAGCAGCAGCAGUAAACUCGUGCUCCCAACGCGUCAGUGCAAAAAGACGUCCGUGUUCAUUAUCAUAGGCGAAUGUGGGAGCGGUCGCAAUUAUUCCUCGUGUUUGGAAGUGGGUGUGUCGCCGGCUAAUCGGUUCAGUGUGCUGCCGUGUCCACGCUUUUCCAUCGUCACACGUGACACUAGCGUCGGCGAUCCAUCCAUCAGAGCCAACAGGAGGACACGACUUUGCAUGUCCUCACAUCAUGCUCACCGACGGUGA